CCGCUGGCAUGCCUCACCUGCACGGUCGGGCUGGGCGCCGUGUGCCGGUUCGCGCUGUUCGGCGGUACCUACGGAGUCGCUUUCAUCAUCCAGUUUUUCAUUCUGUCUCUGCUGGUGGGUAUGCCGCUGAUGACACUGCAUAUGACACUUGGGCAGUACAUCGGCUCGGGCGUGGUCGACAUGUGGAGGAUCUCACCCAUCUUCAAGGGGAUUGGGCUGGCGGCCAUUUUCGCCGAACUCCUGCUGGGCGUGUACACGGUGGUGCCCACCGCUUGGAUGCUCGUCUACCUGCGCGACAGCUUUGUCUCCAGCUACGACCGCUACAAGUGGGCCGCCUGCCCGGGCAACUGCUCAGUGGGCUACGCCGAGCUGGUCACCUACACCGUGCCGCAGUACUUCAAUCAGCGGGUGCUGCAGCGUGAUAUGUCCAACACCGGCCUGCCAGAGGUCGGCUAUCUGGGCUUCGAGAUCUCCUUCAACCUGGCAGUCACCUGGAUUCUGGUCUACUUAUCUCUGGGGCGAGGCCUGCGCUCGUACGGCAAGGUGGUGUAUCCGAUCGUGCUCCUCGCCAUGGUCUCUUUCUUCACCGUGUGCAUCCAGCUGCUGUCUUGGACCGAAGGCCUCAAUGAGUUUUUCACCGACAAGGUUCUCUUCGACAACGUGUUUUGGAGCACGGUGCCGUGGGUGGUGGCGGCGCGCGAGACGUUCAUGAUCUGGGGCCUGCACGGCGCCGCCUUGAUGGCCGUGGCCUCGCACAACAAGUUCGGCCACAGUUUGCGUCGCGACACCAGCCUGGUGGCGCUGGUCACGCUCGUCAUCCUCUUUCUGGCCGCCCUGUUCGGCUACGCCUGUUUGCACGCGCUCCGCGUCGGCGACAUCGGCUACAUCAUCGGCUCCAGCUCGUUCGAGACGGAGCAGCGUAGCCGCUUCCUGAUCGCGCCCGGCAUCGGCUCGUCCCACUCUGGCGGCACGCCACCCGAGGUCAAGCACUACACCAACCUGGUGUCCGGCGUGAUCAUCCGGCUGAGCGGCUCCGCCGGCCAAACCGGCACCCAGUGGAGCUCCGGCUACCAGGUGCACCGGCUCGCCACCGAGCUGUUCCCCUCGCUGCUGGCCGUGGUCGGCGGCAGUGGCAUCAGCUCAUUCUGGGCGCUCGUCUUCUACCUAUCGCUGCUGCUCUUCGGUGUGGGACAACAGCUGGCCAUUUGGCGGGCGGUGGUGGAGGCUGUGAUCUCGGUUUGUCCGCGGAGGCUGCGCGCCUGGGAGCUCACUACCACCUUCUUCAUGUGCGUGUUUGGCUUCGGCCUGAGCCUGCCGCUCAUGACCGAGAUCGGCAUCCACAUCAUCUACUUCCUCGACUACUGCGUCGGCUGCCUCUGGUGGCUGGUCGUCAUCUUCGUGUUGGAGCUGUUCGCUGUGUUCUACAUCCGUGGCAGUCCGUUCGCCUCCACCCAAGUGGUGACGAUCCUCAUCGCCAGGAACAGCUGCAUGACCAACUGGGCUGGACCCUUCCUCAGCUUCGUCUGGCACGUGCUGCUGCCCAUGGCUCUUUUGGUGUUAUCUGUGGUGUCGUUCCGCACCGGGGGCUUCGACGCCAUCUUCACGUGGGAGGAGAGUUCCGGCUACGGCUUCUGGGGCCUGUGGGUCCGCCAGCUGGGUUCGAUGCUCAUGAUGUUCCCUAUCCUGCUGGUGCCAGUGGUCGGCCUCAUCCAGGCCAUCCGCUUCAUCAGGAAGGGGGAAGGAGAUUUGUAUGACCGGAUCCAGGGCCUGUACCGACCCGAGUACAACGAAGCCAUCCUGGGGCGGAUCACACCAGAGGAAGAGGAUCGCGGCGUCCCGCGCACCCGGACGCGCUACACCGACCCGCCGCCCAAGUAUACGCCGCCUCCCAGCUACAGCACGGCCACCGGUGCCAGACUGGCCAAGAUGGUGCGUCAAAGCGUGCGGCGCUCCAUGCGCCACGUGCGCCAGCUGGCCUCGCCCGAACGCGGUGCAGCGGCGGCCGAGGCGGGCCAAGCUGCCGCCGCCACAGGCAGCCGCACCGUGCCCGAUGAGCCGCCACCCAGCUACGCCUCGUUGCUGCUGGAGACGCUGCCGGCGCCGCUGCGACGCUCCGUGCGCCGGCUGGGCAGCUCGCUGCCGGACAGCGUGCUCGAGACCACGCUUACCGAGGAGGAGGUGCCCGUCGAGACGGAGCCCGACGCGGCGUGA